AUCACACGGCUGUUGGGAUGGUUAACUGUUUUGGUGGACUAUCGUUUGUUGUAGAAGUAGUUCAAAUGUUUACUUUUUGCUUAUCUGUUGUGGAACACGUUUUUUUUCUUUUUGCUCAUCUGUUCUGGAACACAACAUUCUUUCUGAUCCCAAUGGCCAGACCAUAGAAAUUGAGCAACUCGAACGGACACAGUAAUUUAGAGCGAAGGUCCAUUGCUUUGGGAGCCAUUUUGGAUUUGUCAUAUUGAAUUUCAAUGGUACAGGUUUAAGCAAGAGAAAGCAGGGGGUGGGAGAUGUAGAGAGGUAAAAAGAGGGAAGAGCGAGGGAGAGCAGAUUUAGAGGUAGAGAGAGAGAGAACGGUGGAGAGAGAGAAAGGUGGAGAGAGAGAAAGGUGGAGAUAGAGAAAGGAGUGAGAGGCUGAGAUGGAAAGGUGGAGAGUGAGCGAGAAAGAAGCUGCUGGGGAGACAGCAGGAGAAAUCAAAUUAUUCCCCCUGCUCUGCCUCCCAUCGAGACAGAAAAAAGCAUUUAUCUGUACCCUAGUCUGCAGGUGACAGCAACACACACACACACACACACACACACACACACACACAGGAGGCGGGGAGGCAGGGGAUGGAUGAUUAUGGAGAAGAGAGGGAUAGUGGUGGUGUAGGAAGAGGUGGGGUUGAGUAAGAUUAUGUCUAUAGUACAGAGGUGGUAUUGAGAGAGGAGGGGAGGAGAUGAGUAAAUCAGGGCAGGAGAGGGAGGAGAGAAGGAUAUUAUUUAGAGGAGAGGAGGUGGAUAGGGAGGAGACAAGAAUGGUUAUGGAAAGGAGAGGGUAGAGAAGAGGAGUGGGGGAUCUGCAGGUGAGUCUGGGAUUCUGCUGCAUCAUGUCACACUGACUUAGAUCAGCAGGAAGACUCCUCUACCCAUGAUGCCUCAGUCAGCCCUGUAUAUCAACCAUUCUCUAGUAUCGACCCAAUGCAUUAUGUAUUAUGAAUUCUUCCUAACUUUGUCCCAACGUGGGCUAAUUACAGUGGAGGUCACCAACCUGACUACAGCCAGUCAUUGACUACGUCAGCAUGGCUGUAGACUGCAGGUCUGUCUGUUGUGUUCCUACUGGAGUUUUACAUGAUCUGGCCAGCCCGCGCUGCUCUUCUGUUUUGUCAACAGAGAUUAUGAAAAUGGGGCUGGCUGUCUCUGUCUGUAUCACCUAGCCUCACAACUCCCUGCCCCCGCUAACCACAAACCACCGCACCGCCCCCUGCCCGCCCACCUGCCUGCUCGCCCCCUCUCGCACCUGAAAAACAAUGAGAAGAGAGACACUUAUCUGAAACAAGGAAGCCUCAGUCUGUCUCGUCUGUCUCUCCCAGCAUUAGGCUAGUUGUUAAAUGGACAGGGAACCAGUGGCCAUUAUUAACCCUCUCCUUGUUGCCAUGCCCAGGUCGCUCUGCGUUGACGGGCUCUCAUUUUCACUCAGAAAAUAAGAGGGACCCAAUUGAACUCUAAAAAGGAUGUGAAGUUCAAUGACGUUGGAUUUCAUAAUUUAUACUCUGCUGAAGAGGUGCUGAUAUGUGUACACGAUGAGCGGACUGGGGGACAACUCCAUGGAGCCUCUGAGCUCGGAAAACCGAAAACGCAAGCUCUCCACCUGCGACACGCCCGGUCUGGGGUGUGAGCGGAGACGGCGGGAGCAGGAGACUAAAUACAUCGAGGAGCUGGCCGAAUUGAUCUCUGCCAACCUCGGUGACAUCGACAGCUUCAACGUCAAGCCAGACAAGUGUGCCAUCCUCAAGGAGACGGUGCGCCAGAUCAGACAGAUAAAAGAGCAGGGCAAAGCGUCCUCCAAUGAUGACGAUGUACAGAAGUCGGACGUGUCCUCCACGGGACAGGGGGUCAUAGACAAAGACCACCUCGGGCCGCUUCUGCUUCAGGCCCUGGAUGGUUUUCUGUUUGUGGUGAACCGGGAGGGCAGCAUAGUGUUUGUGUCUGACAACGUGACCCAGUACCUGCAGUACAAACAGGAGGAGCUCAUCAACACUUCCGUCUACAACAUCCUCCAUGAGGACGACAGGGAGGAGUUCCACAAGAACCUGCCCAAGACCAAUGUUAAUGGAGUGUCCUGGGGUGGGGAGGCGCCACGUCAGAAGAGCCACACCUUCACCUGUCGCAUGCUGGUCAAGUUUGGCCACACCCACGGACCUGUGGAGGAGGGACCAGGAGGGCCACGCUACGAGACCAUGCAAUGCUUCGCCUUGACCCAGCCCAAGGCCAUGAUCGAAGAGGGGGAAGACCUGCAGUCGUGUAUGAUCUGUGUGGCCCGUCGUGUGACUGCUGUAGAGAGAACAGAGAGCUUCAACACCCGGCACGAGCUCUCAGGUAAGCUGAUCCAGAUAGACCAGAACUCGCUGCGUGCGUCAAUGCGUCCUGGCUGGGAGGAUCUGCUGAGGCGCUGUAUCCAGAUGUUCCUACAGCACAGUGACGGACAACCCUGGUCCCACAAACGCCAUUAUCACGAGGCUUUCCUACAGGGUCACGCUGAGACCCCCCUGUACCGUUUUUCUCUCUCGGACGGCACCCCUGUCACGGCCCAGACCAAGAGUAAGCUGUAUCGCCACCCCAUGAGCAACGAGGCCCAGGGCUUCAUAUCCACCCACCUGCUACAGAGGGAGCAGCAUGGCUAUCGCUCUGCCCAGGGCGGGGGCAUGAUGCCAGGGCCUAUGAGGCAGCAGGGCAUGGGGGGCCCCAACCCCAACGCCCAGAUGAACAUGCCCCCUGGUGGAGGUAUGGGGGGUAUGAACCGGGGCUACGGGCCCAUGAACGAACAGAGCCACAUGGGACAGAUGGGAGGGGGUUCAAUGUACGGAGGGAAUGGAGGUGGUGGUGGCGGCAGGGGAGGCAUGGGCAACAGAAUGAUGCAGAUGAAUCAGAUGAAUCAGUUGAACCAGAUGGGCCAGAUGAAUCAGAUGGGUCAUCAGAUGAACCACACAGGUCCAGGGAACCACCCUGGCAUGCAGCAACAUCAGCACCCCCAGCAGCCACAUCAGCAGCCCCCCUUCCAGAGCAGUGGGGGGUAUGGACUGGGGGGUAUGAACAGCCCCUUGGGGAGUCCCCGGAUGAUUGGCCCCCAGCAGGGGCUCCUGAUGUCCCCCCGAAACCGAGGCAGCCCCAAGAUGGGUGCCAGUCAGUAUUCACCUGGAGACAUGCACUCCCCCAUGGGCCCUCAUGGAGGAGGAGGUAGCACCUCUUUCUCCAGCAGCUCCCUCAACGCCCUGCAGGCCAUCAGCGAGGGGGUCGGGAGCUCCCUCCCCUCCACCCUCACCUCUCCCUCCCCGGCCAACAAACCAGACAGCUCCCCCAGCGUCCACUCCUCCUCUCAGUCCACCCAGCCCAGUCACCCUGCCAAAUCCGGCCCGGAUGACUCCAAAAGCCCAACAGGAGGCCUGGGUCCUGCGCCCAGCGUGCACCCCCUCCACCAACACCAUCACCACCACCCACACCACCAGUCCGAGAGCUCCGGAGACAGGUUGGACAGCCAGGCCCCGGCAGACAGCAAGGAGCCCAGAGAGGGGGCCAUCGAGGCUGGGGUGAGCUCAGAACCUACCCGGAGAGUCCCAGACGGUAAGGGCCAUAAGAAGCUGCUGCAGCUGCUGACCUCCCCCACUGAGGAGCUGGGGUUAGGGGGAACUGGCUCUGCCUUGCCCUCUAUACCUCCCCCACCAGGCAGCAGCAACACCCCAGCAGGGUCCGACACUAAGGACCCCACAGGAAGCAUUUCCAGCCCUUCCUCUACUGGAGUAUCCUCCUCUUCCUCAGCCUCCACCAAUCAGGGCCAGGCAUCGGGCACGGCUCUGGCCAAUGCUCUGGCCUCUGCCCACUACACGGCGUCGCUGCAGGAGAAGCACAAGAUCCUCCACAAGCUGCUGCAGAACAGCAACACACCUGAUGAGGUGGCCAAGAUCACAGCCGAGGCCACUGGCAAGGUGACCCUGGGUGGCCAGGAAGUCCCAGGGGAGGUGGGGGCUGGAGGAGCAGGAGGAGUGACAGAGCCUAAGGAAGAGCAGCACAGCCCCAAGAAGGAGAAGACCCACGCGCUCCUCCACUACCUCCUCAACAAGGAUGAUACUAAAGAGCCAGUGGAUGUGAAACCCAAGCCUGAGGAGCUGGAAGGAAAGGGGCCCCCAGGAGCCACUGCUGCCCCCCCACCCAGAGGCCCUGGCGCUGGACCCGGCCCAACAGCUGAACACCCAGAGAGCAAGAUCAAGUCAGAGCCGCCUGAUGAGUUGGACAACCUGGAGUCCAUCCUGGGAGGUUUGAGGGGUUCUGGCUCUGAGUUCUACCCCGAGCAGGGAGGAGGAGGAGGGAACAAGGCCCAGGGUUGCCUCGACGAGAACCUGCAAGGGAGUCCGGGGAUGGCCCCUGGCCCACGAGGGCCCUUCCAGAGGGCCAUGUCAGCAGACGCCAAGCCUGGAGUGGUGGGGAGGCGCCCCAUGCUCAUCAAACAAGAGAACAUGAUGGGCAGCCCAGAAGGAUACCCAGGGAACAUGGGUGUUUGUCCGCGAGGCGUUGGAACAAGGCCGAUGAACAGGGGCAUGGGGGUUUCCCAGCGCUCUCCCAUGGGGGGGUCAGGGGAUUGGGGGAUGCCCCGCUCCUGCGCCAGCCCCGUGGGCUCAGCCGGUCACCCCUCCAUGAGCCGUCCUGGCAUGGACUACAACUCCAAAGGCAUGAUGGGAGGGCCCAUGGUGGGAAGGUCCAACAGUGUUCCUGGCACCAGAUCCAUGCUGCAGCAACAGCUAAUGGACAUGGGAGGUUCUGGUGAGAUGGGGAUGAGUCCGUUCGGUCAGCAGGUCCAGCCCAACCAGUCUCCGUCCUGGUCUGACAGUGUGAUGGGUAUGGAGGGAAACCACAGCAGGCGUCAGUUUGGAAACGCCCUGGAUGAGCUCCUGGCUCCGCCCACCACCAGCGAGGGCCAGAGUGAUGAGCGGGCGCUGCUGGACCAGCUGGACUCUCUGCUCAACAACACGGACGGCAUCGCACUGGAGGAGAUCGACCGGGCCCUGGGCAUCCCCGACUUGGUCAGCCAGGGCCAGGGGCCAGAGCAGCAUGGUGAGCCCUUCCCCGGCCAGGAUCCUUCCAUAGUGCUGGAGCAGAAGCCUCUGUAUGGCCAGGGCUACCCCGGACCCCCCUCAAUGGCCAUGCAGUCAGCCUACGGGGGGAGCCCUAUGCAGGGCCAGCCCCAACAGGGGGGCUUCGGCCCCAUGCUCUCCCAGAUGGGCCCAGGGGGCAGCUUCCCAGGGAUGGGAGGCAUGGGGGGUAUGGGUCACCCCCGUGCUAACAUGAUGAGACCCAGGAUGAUGAGCGCCACCAAACCCAUGAGGCUCCAGCUGGCGCAGAGACUACAGGGCCAACAGUUUAUGAGUCAGACUCGGCAGGGGAUGGCCAUGAAGAUGGAGAACCCUGGAGCAGGCAACCCUGGCUUGAGGCCGGGUAUGCAGCCUAGCAUGGGAGGACAGCCUGGCUUCCUGAAUGCCCAGAUGAUGGCCCAGCGUAGCAGGGAGAUGGUGACCAUGCAGAUGAGGAGACAGAGGAUGAUGAUGCUAAUGCAACAGCAACAGCAGCAGGCGGCAGCAGUGGCUGCUGCAGGGGGGUUCAGCCCCCCUCCCAACGUCACCGCCCCCGCCGGCAUGGACACCCCUAUGGGAGGCCCCAACCUGGGCCCCCAGCAGUUUGGCUACGGGGGAAACUAUGGUAUGGCCCAGCAGGGUGACCCGUCGUUUGGCCCUGCGGGCAGCAGUCCCCCCAGCACCAUGAUGUCAGGACGCCUGGGUCCUCAGAAUCCCAUGAUGCAACAGCAUCCCCAGGGCGGACCCAUGUACCAGAGCACUGACAUGAAGGGCUGGUCGCAGGGAGGCAUGGCCCGUAACAGCUCGUACCCCCAGCAGCAGUUUUCCCAACAGGGCAACCCGGGGCAGCAGCAGUUUGUCCAAACAGGCAACCCAGGACAGUACGGGGGCAUGAUGAUGAAUGGGGGCAUGCCUUCCAAUGGAGGCGGGGGCCAUAUGGGGCAGAUGGGGAUGAACCCCAUGGUGAUGGGACGUAUGCCGAUGGGGCCUGAUCAGAAAUAUUGCUGAACCUGAGACAGACGAGUGUGGUGGAACAGAACAGACUCACUGUGAUCCUUUCAGAGAGAUGAGUGCAGUGAUGUGUGUGUGUGUGUGUGUGUGUGUGUGUGUGUGUGUGUGUGUGUGUGUGUGUGUGUGUGUGUGUGUGUGUGUGUGUGUGUGUGUGUGCGUGUGUGUGUGUGUGUAGUACUCUACUCCCACCAGUUGGGGGUGCUGCUCUCUGGACUCGAGGCAAGUGUUGGCAGUCUCACAGCUGGAGGAAAAUAGACAGAGGACACACUAUUCUACUCUCACUUCUUGUACAUGAGACAUGCUAUGACACACACCAACACACACACCCCAAAACAUCCAUGUAUCUAAAGACACACUGUGACACACAAACACACACACACAUACACAAACUGACGGAUCGAAAUUAGAAGACAUCCUCUCUCUCGUGGGAUGUGACUACCAUCAUGCCAAGUUCACCCCUGGCCGUGGGAAUUCUCUCUCUGCUUUGGAACGCUAUGAGAGAAGACAGUGUUUCCUAGUUCUGGUCCUGGAGGACCACCGUGUAUGCAGACCAUACAUCCCAUCCAGUCUCUGAAUCCACACUUAAUGAAUGAUAUAUAUAGUCCAUUGUUGGAGAAGGUGGGAGUUGAUUGUAAUCACUGAUACAUGGUCAGCUAUUUUCACAUCCUCCUAAUGAUUAAGAUUAGGGAACCCUGAUCCUAGAUCUGUGGUUAGGGGCAACUUCUACCUCUAUAAGCUAUAUUACUAUACUGAUGAGCAGACAUGUAGUCAAUAGCAUAUAGUCAAUUCAGAAGUACAACACCAGUCAAAAGUUUGGACACACCUACUCAUUCCAGGGUUUUUCUUUAUUUAACACUCUUUUCUGCAUUGUAGAACAAUAGUGAAGACAUCAAAACUAUGAAAUAACACAUAUUGAAUCAUGG